UGACGCGCCGCCGGACGCACGACGGAUAAACGGCGCAGCAGCCGCGGCGCCGCCUACUGGUCGGGGGCGGGGCCUGGGCGUGCGCGAGAACGCGGGGCGCGCGGGGCGCGUGCGGCGCGUGCAACGCGUGCGCAGGGCGGUGGAAGCCUCGCCCAAGGACCGCAGCGCGCGUGCGCGGGACAGGGGCAGCCGAGCGGGGCGCGCGUGCGCAGGGCAGGCUCUGAGGAACAGGACGCGCGUGCGUGAGGCGUGAGGCGAGGGGCCUGGGGGGCGGGGUGCGUGUGCGCAGGCGCGGUGGGGGGCGGGGACUGAGGUGGUGCUGGGGUCGCCCUGCGCGGGCCGGGGCCGCAGGCGGGGCGUGGUCUGCGGAAUCCUGGUAGCGGAUUGCGGGACUGACCGACGAGGGCGCUUCAGCACUGCGGAUGCGCUGGGUACCCGCCCUUCACCUGCGGAGACCGCCCACCGGCCCCGCCCCUCGCCGGAGUGACCGGCCCACGGGUCCCGCCCCUCACCUGCAGCGACCGCCCACGGGUCCCGCCCCUCACCUGCAGAGCCCGCCCACGGGUCCCGCCCCUCACCUGCAGAGCCCGCCCACGGGUCCCGCCCCUCACCUGCAGAGACCGCCCACCGGCCCCGCCCCUCGCCGGAGUGACCGGCCCACGGGUCCCGCCCCUCACCUGCAGCGACCGCCCACGGGUCCCGCCCCUCACCUGCAGAGCCCGCCCACGGGUCCCGCCCCUCACCUGCAGAGACCGCCCACCGGCCCCGCCCCUCACCUGCAGAGACCGCCCACGGCCCCGCCCCUCGCCGCAGCGGCCCGUCGGAACGCCGGCCUGCUACGAGUCAGACUCCCAGGAAGUCAGCCCAGGAUCUGGAGCGACCGGUCCAGGAGGCCGCACGUCACCCCAUCAGUGAGCCCCACAGGGCCAGCCCCUGCUCGGUCACCCCGGGCUCCCGCUUCCUGUGCCUGCCUCCGGCUCAGGACCAACGACAAACCCAAGCGCUCCUUCGCCAGCCCUGAGGACCCCGGCUGUGGUCCCCCGCCCCAGCCGCCAUCAGGACCCCGAGCCCCCUUCCCACGGUGCCAUCGGGCACUCCCCUCCCUGCGCCUGGCUCCCUGCCGCAUGGGAGCGCCCUGGGACCCGCUCUGCGGGCUCUGGAGAGACGCGCUCUGCCUCCGGCUCUCCUUCCGGACGCGGAGCUGCUGGCCUCGCCUUCUCUUUAUUCAGCGAGUGCUGACCUCACGCCGGCCCUGUGGGGAACAAGGGAACAAGCAGCGCUGCUUCCCCGGAGACCCCGAUUGCAAAGCCCCGGGCCAGGUUCCCAGGCCACACCUGUCCUCCCCGAGCGCCCCACAGCUCCUCAGGCCCCCUUCCUGGGAACCCCCAGAACGAGCUGCCCAUCGGGCUUCGGACCCACAAAGGCAGCCCGUGCACCUUUACUUAGAUGCUUUUUCUCUUGGAAGAGUUCCGUAGUUUUCAGCAAGCAAGGCUUGCCCUUCUUUGGGCAGAAAUAUCCCGGAAUGGUCCUGUGCUCUGUGACGGCACUUGCUAGGAAAUUUCACUUGUUACUGCUAGUAUAGAAAUAGGACAAUUUUUGUGUCUUGGCACAUCCUGCAAUCUCGCCAAAACUUACACUUUUUUUUUAAUAAGCUUCUGAACUCUGUAUAUACAAUUACUGGGAA